GGCCGUCUGUCAGGCCAUCUCUCUCCCUGACACACCUGCCUCUCAUGGUGAUACUGAGCGUGGGGCAACAUGUUCAGGCACUGGUCUGCUUCAUGCCUCCUGUGGAUCUGUGGAGUCACCUGUGCUCUUGAUCUCUACAUCCCUCAAGGUCGAGUGGCUACCACCAAGACUGUAUCAGGCAUCUUCCAGGUCCGCUUGAACGACAAAUACAGCAUAAAUGCCUCUAUGGGCAGUGGAAUAUGCAGCGCCCUGCAGGUAGAUAUCGCCACCAAAGCUCAGGUGCAGACUGCCCUAAACAACGGCCUGGAGCUGUGCAGGUUUGGAUGGGUGGAGGAGAAGAUUGCAGUUGUCCCACGUAUUAUAGCCAACCCAAACUGUGGAAAGAACAAUGUUGGACUUGUCCUUUGGCGAGCAACUGAAGAUAAGCUUUUUGAUGUGUUUUGUUUCAACAACACAGGCACUGGUACCACGCCAAGGGUCACCACUACACUUAGCACUCCGACAACAGCGAGACAGGAAAGACGGCCUUCACCUCGACACAGCUCACCUCCGCACCCCACAACACCCCUAUUGCUCCUCACCCCCACUCUACCGAGGAGACCGCCCCUCACCACCUCUACCAAACCACACUCCUUCCUCUUUCCCUCCACUCAUACACCAUUGGCAAGGAAAGCCCUUAGUAGCACUAGUACUACAACCACCACCACCACCACUACUGCCACGACUACUACUACCACCACCACAAUCAGUCACUUGUCCUCUUCCUCUCGUCCGCCAUCGGUUUCUUCCCCUGUCCAUCCCUCCUUUCCAUCUCUCCAUCCUCCAGUGCAGUCAGGUGUUCUGGCCUCAGCUCCGUCUAAUCAGCUGGUCAGCUCCAACACAGCAGAAGCGCCUGUUAUUGCAGUCCUUAUAAUCGUGGCCAUUGCUGUUACCACAUUAGCCAUGCUGGCUAUGUAUUACAAAAAGAAAGGAGGGAGCCUCCCGUUCCGCAGGCAAUCCCAGCAGAAAGGAGCCGUGGAGACGGAGAUGUUCAAACAUUUCCGUGAGCGCGACCUCAAGCGCCGGCCCUCGGCAGGAGAUGGAGAGCGAAGCAGGAAGUGCUCGAGUGAUAUCACACUUCUUAUGGAGCAGGAGGCCAAGGCAGAAGUGGCCUAGGUAGACAAGCCAUGGCAGAAUAGAGUUGAAAAGUACUUUUACAGAUGUAAUUACAACACUCAUAGUAUGCUAUUGCAAAGUUGGAACCAUGUUAUAUCAUAUCCCUCAUUGUAAUUAUAUUUGUAAGAGUACUUCUACUUCUAAGUUAUUACAACUCUGGAAGGUGGUGUAGGUAGGGGAGCCAAGACAGAGACCGUGUAGGUUGGGUAGGACUGUUGGCUACUGCAUCCCCCUGCCCUCAGUACCAAAAUUCCAUAAAGGUCUGAUGUGAAAGAUUUCUCAAGAUUUUAAAGUUGCUGAGAAUGGCUGAGAAGAUACACUAUGAUAACCAUAGCUGCUCUAAGUUUUGCAAUUCAGAACAGUAGGCCUACAUAUCCCUGAAGUAUCAUCAAGAUGUUGCAUGGAUAUGGAGGUUGUACAAUAAGAAUCUGUGAAGUUGAUGGUCGUGGUAAAUAUUAAUGAAAACGUUUGGGCAACUCCAGUUUUUGAUAAUGAAGUUUGGAUAUUCUCAACUGGUUUCCAGUUCCUGGUUUCUUAGCGCCCCCUAGUGUCUUCCUGAAGACUUUCUUUGUGAGCCUGGAUCUGAAGACCAGUCUUUGUGACUGUGGUUUUCAAUUCAACCCACAUAAAGCUAUGGAGAAUCUUCAGUCCCAUAGCCACAAAUGAGUCAUUUGGGCAUUGAUUAGUUACCAUUGAGAUCAGUUACCUUGACAAUCAAUGCAUAGCGGCCCUUGAAAAAAUGCAUGAUUGUAGCCAAGGCUAGCACUGCAACCAGUCUGACAAACUGGUAAAGUAUUAACCGCUCUUGUAGAGAUGCAUUAAAAAUAACUUCAACAAUAAAGUUCAGGAUGUACCCCAUGUGUAUAUUCCAUUAUUGAGUAUUUAGGUUCACGUUGUCCUUAACCCUUUGAGGAGUACCAUCACAAAUAUGUGAAGAAUUUUGCCCAAAUUUUGAGUUCUCAUUAUGAUGUCAUAAGGACUUUGCAAGAUUUUUAACACUGACUCCUAUGGGAGCUGUAGAGUGUUCAAGUAAAAUUCUAGAAGAACCUGGGGAAAGUCCUUACUCCUCAAAGAACUCCAUUGGCAUUGGAAUAGAAGGGCCAUUGUAUCAUUGAUUUCUGUAAAUACUUGUAUUUUCCCUUUAGCCCCUUUAUUCAUAUAAUCAUUUGAACAUCAUUGUUUUUUGGGUUUUUGUAGAGAGAAUAUCAGUGUGAAUAUUGCCUGUGAUAACUAUCUGUGUUCAUACGAGUGCCAGGAAUAGAAGAAUAACCAAUUUAUUGUGGAGCUACAGUGUAAUUAGGUCAUUAUCAGUUUUCAGCUCACCAAUCAGGGAUAGCCUGUGUUUUGUGCUCUAAAUUCCACAAUGUCUCAUUUCCCCCUCUCUUUCAACCUUGAUUAAA